GGCGGGAGUUGUACUCAGUGGCGUGGGUCACACUCUCUCCAACCGGCAAUAGUUGCAAAUUUCGUUGAUUUACGCGAAACGUUUGAUUUGUGAUAAUAUUAAAGUAGUUGUUUUUAAUACAAAGAAAGUCCGAGCAAAAUGAAUACCACGCCGUCGCCCCCUGACGUCCUGCAGACAGCGGGAAAUAUGCUCGAGUGUCACGACUUUCGUGACAGACACAAGCCCGAACUUUUAGAGUUAACAGGCGUCAGUCAACAUGGCAGGGCAACAAUGAGUGGCCUCAAUGAUUUUGAUUACCAAACGCUAGCACAACUGACCUCCGGAGAUACACAUAACCUACAACAACUGCGAACGCUCACAAAAUCGGGAAUACCAAAUGAAAUCCUCGAGCACUUUAAGCAUAUCAAAUGCCACUGUAUAAUGGGAUUGUUUCCUGAGAUUGGACGCGCCUGGUUGACAAUUGAUUCAGAUAUAUAUAUAUGGACAUAUGAGCAGGCACGAGACGUUGCUUACUAUGAUGGAUUGAGUCAUUUGAUUGUGAGCGUUGGCCUGGUUAAGCCACGUCCGGGUGUUCUAAUUAAAGAUGUCAAAUAUCUGCUGUUACUAACAACUCCCAUUGAAGUGAUCGUUCUGGGUGUAACAUUUGAUGACCAAAGUGAUCCACGAGCUGGAACCAAUGGAAUGCAUCUGAUGAAUAAGCCACUCUUUGUGCUGGCAACAGACAAUAUAUCCAUUAAUGUCAUACAGGGCAGCGACGAUGGACGCAUCUUCUUGGGAGGCCGAGAUGGUUGUCUAUAUGAAAUUGAUUAUCAUUCCGAGUCUAGUUGGUUUGGCAAGCGAUGCAAAAAGAUUAACCAUUCACAAGGGCUGGUAUCCUAUAUAGUGCCAAGUUUUCUUAAAGUAUUUUCGGAGGUGGAUCCUAUCGAAAAGAUUGUCAUUGACAAUAGUCGAAAAUUGAUUUAUGUACUCACCGAAAAGAGUGCAAUUGAAGCCUGGCACAUCGGAGCAAACUUUGCCAAUGUGCGCAGACUUGGAAGGAUUACACAAAAUGAUAUUGCCAGUCAAGCCAUCAAUCUUAUUAAAACUGUUGAUCCAUCCAUUUUCAAGUGCGUGAAAGCAAUUUGUCCGCUCAGCACAGAAGAUUCGAAAUUUCUACACCUGGUUGCUGUCACUCAGUGCGGAGUGCGGCUUUAUUUCUCUACGUCGAGAUUAAAUGGCCAGCAGCAGCAACAAUUGAAUUGUAUUUCGGACAAUUUUAGUGUUGGUCAGCCAAAUAAUUCAAUGCCAACUAUGCAAACAGAAUCGGAAACACCAAAGGGUCUUUUUCUAUUGCACGUGCGACUACCGCCUGGAUACACACCGAAUGCCACCACUAAUAAACCGAAGCAGGUGCAUGCCGCCCACCACAGCGAGGGGACAAUGUUGAUGAUAACAACGCAGCAACAGGAACAGGAUUUACUCUGGUCGGUUAGCUCUGCUCCAUUUACGAACUUUACAUAUCUAGUUGAGUCAACUGCCUUGGAGGGUCUCGAUGGCAUCGUCUGGAGUUUGGCCGAAUUAAAAGAUUCCAUCGCUCCCAGCAUAACUUCAAUGUUGCACAAUUACCGAACGCCACGCCGAGUCGUUUUGCUUACGAACCAGGGAACACACAUUGUAGAGCUGCUUAAGGCAGCUCAUUUACUCCAGCAAUUACUGCUGUCCUGCAAGGGACCUCACCACGAAUCCGUCAAGAUGUUCUUUCAAACGCAAAACGAACGAGAAGCUUGCGUUACCGCCCUAUUGCUGGCCACAUCGGAUCAGCUUUGUGGCAGCGAUAUUGCACUGUGGGCAACCCAAGCAUUCAUGCUGUACGGUGGGGAACCGUGCUAUCAACAUUAUUUGAACGCAAGCAAUCGUAACAUGCAUAACAACACCAUGGGCUCUACCACGAUUGCCUCUGGCAGGGAACGCAUGCCGCCCAUGUUCAUGUCCACACCCAUGCCGAAUACAGCAAGCAGCGGAGCGAUGGGCACGCAAUACAGUCAGCCAUUAAGUCCAAUCGCACAAACCACACAACACCAUCAACAACAGCAACAUCAGCACUCCGCUGUGCCCGUCGCAGAUAAUUCCCUUAUAAUAUAUUCAGCAAAACAUGAUGGUCUAUAUUUGUUUGUGUCGCGUAUGCUGCGAUCAGUUUGGAAAUUGCAUUGUGUUGAUGAGAAUUUAUGCUCCAGACUGACAAUUAAAGAUUGCUCAAUUCUUUUGAUUGAACUGCGUGCGUUGCGUAAUUUUUUGGAUAAGCACUCAGUGCACGAUCUUUCCGCCAGCAGACGUUUGCCGUAUGACACACAUUUGGGCAGAUCGAGUAACGUUUUGAUAAACAACAGCCAAAUGGCCAUGAAUGAACAUCGUAAUCUCGCGGAGCAGGCACAGAUCGAGGAGAAGCGAUCGCUCUCAGCAUUGAAUCAGUUUAUUAAACAUGCAUGUGAAGUAAUGUCACUCUGGAGUAUCCUAAAUGAUCAUCAGUUUCAAUUGCUUUGCCAGCAGCUGUCGCCAGAGCAUCAGAAAAUGUUGAGAUGUUGCACGUUUCGGGAUUUGUUGAUCACACGUUCGGAGGUGUGUGCAUUUCUAAUAAUUGCACUAAUCAACCUAUAUCUCAAAGAUAAGGCGGAUGUAACAGAGGUGUCUGAUAACCUGCGGGAAUUGUGCCCCAAUCUCUAUAGGCACGAGGACGAAGUUACAUAUAAGGCAACCGAAAUCCUUAUGAGCGCCAAGAACUGCAAAUCGGCAGCAGAGAAGGAGCAAAAAUUGUGCACGACUUUGCAAAUGUGUUUGGAUGCUGCUCCAACGCUGCCAUUGCAUAGUAUUUGUCAACAAUUCAUAUCGGUAGAUUUUUACGAGGGUGUUGUUGAGUUGUCUGCAACGUGUGCGUCGAAAAUCGAUCCCGAAGAAAUCGGUAUACAUUAUUACAAUAACAAUGAGCCAGCUGAAGAUCGCGAGGGUUACACCUGCUUUGUCACACGCAUGAACUAUUACAAAGAGGUGCAGCUCAUGCUGGAUUAUAUUUAUCAUUCGCUUGCCAGCAGUAGACCCGAUCAGGAACAGAGUCGCACAUUCAUGCUUAAUUGCGAUACGACUCAGGAUCAUCUUGAUAUGGAGAACAGAUCGAAGCAGACUAUUAAGAAGAUCACAAACCAAGCGCUCCGAUUGAAAGAUCCAUUAAUGCAUGUUACCAUCUAUGAAUGGCUACUCUCCCAUGAUAUGAACAGUGAAUUAUUGGAAUUAGUCCAGCCAUCACUGGGCGAAUUCUUGCGACGCAGUGUCAGUCGCAAUCCAGAGAAUGUGAAGUUAAUUGAUUUACUGUGGAAGUAUUACGAGAAGAAUGGUCAUCACUCUCAGGCCGCCCAGAUUCUCGAUAAUCUGGCCAUGACGCGUAGUGAGAAUAUAUCGCUGGAUGUGCGCAUUGACUAUUUGGUGCGUGCAGUUAUGUGUAUGCGCAAUGAAACAGUUGGGUCCUCCAUAACCAAUGGCAUCUUUUUGAAAGAGCUGGAGGAUAAGUUGGAAAUCGCGCGUGUACAAAAAUCAGUACUGGCUGCCAUGAAUCCACUUGUGAACACCAAUCAAGAUGCAAGACAAGCCAUUAAGGAGUUAAAUUUUGCCCUCUAUGAUAUCACACAGCUAUAUCAAAACUUUGCUGAUCCAUUUGACCUCUGGGAAUGCCAGCUGUCAAUACUUAAUUGUUCCAAUCACAACGAUCCAUUGUUGAUUGAGUCGGUGUGGGGUAACAUCAUCAACAGUGCAGUGGACUCACCUGGCUCAACUCACGAGCGCAGUAUCAGACUUUUUACCAAAAUUGAAUUAUUGGUUCGUGAGUUUGGCGAAUCGGGUCCAUGCUUUCCAUUUGCAUUCCUGAUCCGAGAGCUGGAGAUAAAAGCAUGUCAGUUGCAUCUGCCGGAAGGAACAGUGCCAGAAAAACUAUUUGCCAUGAAACUAGACGUUGAGCUGCUGCUGGAAUACUAUUCAAGAAUGAUCUCGAUGAAUGAACGCAUCUGGGCAAACGAAGGCAAUGAAUGGCAUUUAAUACAGUCGGCUAUACGAGUGGUUACGCUUCUGGCUGACAAUGCACAAGCCAUUUGGUACCGUUCCAAGAGACGGAUAUUGGGCAAGGCACAAGACAUAGUUGCGGCGUGCUUGAAUAUUUGUUACCAGAAGCCGGACACGAACCGUUUACAGCAUUCUCUCAAGGAGCUUCAAUGCCGAUUGCAACGGCUUUUAGGCUAAUGCCACAUUUUGGGCGCUAAUUAAAGCUAUUUUGCAAAUUAUAUAUUUUUAGAUAUUAAAAAAUGGUAUAGCUGUUAAGUUUGACUGAGGUAAAUAAAAUUGUAUGUGUUGUUUAAUUGAA